ACUCAUUCCAGCCACACUGGGAGGCAGCCCGAAAGCCUGUGUGAGAGGGACUGUUUCACAAUUAUUGCACGGAGGACAAGCCGGCGAUGCGGGUCUUUCCAAAAGCGGGAGUUGUGCUUCAUGUGUUCAUAGGUGAACUGGUGUCCUGAGGCGAAGGGGGGCUCUGGGGUAAGGGCAAGAAAGAAAAAAAAAAUCAAAUGGCAGAUCUGGAGCUUCUUUAUUUAGAAAAAACCUGCAGGCAACCCGAUCCACCGACCAGUACUGGCUGUGCUUUAAAUCAGCAGAGCAUCCCCAAGCCAAGCAGCUCAGGUGGAAAGUCAGCCUGCAGGGAGGAUGAGUGCAGUCUGGCCCGAGGGACAGCUGGCUGCCAAUGGCAAGGCGACGCUCCCCCGAAAGGCGGCGUGGCGUGGGACGGCGACGUUGUAAAGGUGUGCUGCGACGACGAGCUGGAGACGUCCUUCGCCAGUGAAGAGCAAAACGUCGACCUGCGGCGGCCCGUGGAAGGCCCCUUUGGGCCGCUCUGUCCGAACGAUGGCAGACAGGAAGUGAUGGGGGACCUCUCGUCCAUCUCUGACGACGAGCUGGCCUCACAGUCCUCUGAGAAAUCGGUGGAUUACGGCUUCAUCAGCGCAGUGACCUUCCUGGUGACCGGCAUCUCGCUGGUGGUCAUUUCCUACGCGGUGCCCCGCGACGUCCGCGUGAGCCCCGACGCGGUUUCGGCGCGCGAGAUGGAGCGGCUGGAGAAGGAGAGUGCCAGGAUAGGGGCCCACCUGGACAGGUGUGUGAUCGCGGGGCUCUGCCUACUUACGCUGGGCGGCGUUGUGCUCUCCAUGCUGCUCAUGGUCUCCAUGUGGAAGGGCGAGAUGUACAGGCGCAAGGCGUUCGCCUACUCGAAGCAGUCAGCCAAACUGUACGGUUCGAUCAAUUUCAGGACGGCAUCGAGUCCGACUCGGAUGUCCCCACACCUGUCUGAGGACGAGGAAGACGGAUACAUCCUGAACUAACACUGUGGAGCGCUGGUGCAUUUUCAUUGGUGAUUUUAAUGAUGCAAUUCCAUUGCUGGUGUCCUGGUUUCAGUAUCUGGUUGCUAGGGCAAAAAGCAUAAUAACUGCAGCAGAGCUUUUAAUACCUUUAACUGUUACUGACCUGCGUGUAGCUGUUUUAAUGAACGUUCAUGUGACACAUGACUGAAAGCUUUUAUCUGAUGACUGAAAACAAGCAGCUGAACUGCCUAUUAUUUAAGUUCUUAUCAAUAAGAAAAACUCCCCGUUAAGUUUGUUAUACUCUGGAAAUCAGUUUUUCUUGUUGUGGUUGUGCUUUCACUUGUUUCGCAUGAAGGCAAGAUAAACACGAGUGAGUGUUUCCUAUGGAGAACCCUACGGAUUGGAAAGCCUGGCAUUUAUUCAGUCCUUUUUUAAAAAAAAAAUGUAACAGCAGCCAGCUUUCGGGAAUUGACUUGGAUGUUUACAGGAAAUCAUUUUGCUACUAGGCAACGUGUUGUAAACCCCACCAUUGGGCUUGGUCAUUAUAGUGUAUUUACUUUUUGUAUUGAUGCUCUUCAGUAAAUAUAUGCUUGUUCUGGGUCACAACCUCUCUUCAUAUCUGUGGUGCUUUUAUCCAUCCAUCCAUCAAUCCAACCAUCCACCUACCUUCUGUCUGUCCCAGGAAGCACAGGUCACCUCCAAGGGCACAUUCAUGCAUAGCAGGUCAUUUAGAGACUCGUUAGGCUAAUCGUGCAUCUUUGAUCUGUGGGAAGGAACUGGAGAGUCCAGCGGAAGCCGCUGUGGCAUGGAGAACGCGUGUGAAUGCUCAAACCUGGAGGGCUACCCUCCAAGCCACUGCACCCCCUCAGUCAUCAUGAGUAUCAUUAUUAACUUUCAAUGAUUUUAAACAGGAGCCCACCCGCCCUCAGCUUGUGCUGAGAAGCUGUGGCUUUAUCCUGUGUUGCCAUACUAACGCUGCUGGGUUCUGUAUUUUCUCUUUAGAUGCAGACGUGUCAUCACCGCUUGCGUCUCCCAGCUCUGUGGUUGACACACAGAAGGGAGCCUUGUAUGCCCAGGUGCUGCAGGAGGCAGAAUGAGAGUCGGGAAUACAGGCUGCAGUUUGGGAUUGGGAGUCAGGA